AUGGCCUGGUACAGGUUGUCGUGGCGCCGCCUGUUGCUGAGGGUGGCGACGGUGGCCGCCGUCUGGCUGCUCAGCGCGCCCCUGGCCCUCUACUUCAGCCUGGUGCUGCUGGUGCGCGUCGCGUGGAACCCCUUCGGCGGCUUCUGGAGGCCCAAGCCACGCACCCAGCCUCCGCCAGUGCUGCAGGACGCCGCGCUCGGCCAGCACGCCUACGUCACCCUGUCCAAGGGCAUCAAGCUGCACUACGUCCACACUGGCGACUCGAGCCGCCCCCUCAUGCUGCUCCUGCAUGGCUUCCCCGAGUUCUGGUUCUCGUGGAAGCACCAGAUGCAGGCCUUUUCCCAAGACUACUGGGUCGUGGCGCUCGACAUGCGUGGCUACGGGGACUCCGACAAGCCGUCGGGAUCCUCGGCCUACCGGGCGGACGCCCUGGUUGACGACGUCAAGGAGCUCCUGGAAGCCUUCGAGCGGCCGCGCGCCACGCUCGUCGGCCACGGCUGGGGCGCCGCGGUGGCUUGGAUGUUCGCGGAGCGCUUCCCGGAGAAGGUGGACAAGAUGGUCAGCAUCGGGGCGCCGCACCCCUACGUCUUCCAGCAGGCCCUCGUGUUCGACAGGAAGCAGUUGAUGCGGUCAUGGUACUUCUUCUUGUUCCAAGUGCCGUUCCUGGCGGAGCUGGUGCUGCAGAGCGACGACUUGGCCUGCCUGUCGGCCGCCCUGCGCCGAGGACGCCGCGACCCGCCGGCCGUCACGGACCAGGACCUCGAGGCCUACAAGUACGCCUUCGGCCAGCCCGGCGCGCUCACCGCCCCGCUCAACUACUACCGCGCGGCAGGGUGGGGGCUGCCCCGGCGGUGGCGGCGCAGAGCUGCUCCUGCCUCCACCGUCGAGGACGCCGGCCAGGACACCAGCGCGGACAUCAGCGCGACCACCAGCGAGGACCACAGCGAGGACGCCACGGACGCCACGGAGGACACAAGCGCGGACAACAGCCAUGAGGACGCCGCCGAGGAAACGAACGCGACCAAGGCCGACGCGGCGACGGAUGAGAGAGCAGAGCCGGAACGAUCAAUGCCGGCUCGCCCGACCGCGGAGGCCGUCUCCUCGGCCCUCCCCGACGUGCUGGUGCUGCUCGGCGGCCGCGACGCCUACGUGGAGCACUCCACCGCCUUCCGCACGCGCAAGAAGUUCCCCAACGUGCGCGUCGUCAUCGUCCGCGACGCCAACCACUUCGCGCACCUGGACGACCCCGAGGCCGUCAACAAGGCCGUGCGCAAGUUCCUGCAGGGCAGCGGUAACUGAACCUGGCCGCUGGCAUGUGGGGCCCGUCCCCAUCCACUUUGACUGACUCAAGCCGAGAGGCCUUAUUUAUUCCUAGCUACUUAUUUAUCAAAUUGCGUGGAUGUCUGUGACGUUUCGGACCAAUUUGUCAUUAUUUAUUGAUUUUCCAGGU